AUGGAUCCCACUAAGCGCUCCUCCGGUUCAGCACCUCUUGCCCCAAAGCACCCACGACUCCCAAGACGACCUGAAGAACAUGAAGAUUUACUGACUGACGAGUCUGAGAUACCUUGCCGACCAUUGACUCCACUGCCAGCCCGCACUCGGAGUAGUCAAUCGACCACCGCCGCCCAAAUAGCUCGUAAAGGCAUUCUCCGUUCUUCCGAAACUCCCACUGGAAGAAGCAGUCCUAGAAGGGUAGAAUUUCAUCUCCCCGGCGACCAUACUGACCUUGUUGAAGCGCAGGAGCAGGCUCAAGUAAUAGAGGCGUCAGAGGUGGAGGAAAUAGUUGAUACCAGCCACUCAGAGUAUGAUGAUUCUCCAGAGAAAGAGUCCGAGAGUUCUGAGGAGAAUGAGGAUGAACCGGAGGAUGAACCUCAAGCCUCCACUCAGAGGUCUCAGACUGUCGGAAAGAGACCUCGCACAGCUCCGCCGACUACUGCCAAAGCACUGGGCAAUGCUCGGAGGAAAGCAACUGGCGCAGUAGCGGAGAGGGGAGCUCGACUGGGCACAAAUGUAAUCCGGAAACAAGGUCAGGGUAGAGCAGCACCCAUUUCGGAACCCAGUGAGAAUGCAUCUCAGAGAGCACUCCCGGCAUCCCAGAGAGCACUGCCGGCAUCCCAGAGAGCACCCACUUCGGCACCAAGCCAAAAUGCAUCUCAGAGACCACUCCCGGCAUCCCAGAGAGCACCGCCAAUACCUACACAGUCUAGGCCUUCUGAACCUCGGCCAUAUCGUUCUUCACCUCCUAUUGACGGAAUUGGCGAGAGCUCUGUGAGCAGUCCUCGGAUUCCUUCAAGCCCUCAAAUUCCUUCAGCCCAACCUCACAGCCAAAUUCGAUCGCAAGGAGUCUACGAAAUCGACUAUCUUCCCUCAUCCAGGGAGAACGAGAAUGCUCUGAUGGCGGAACGCGAGGUUCAUAUUCCAGAGAGCACUCACGACGUCUUUGAGAACACUGGCGACAUUCUUUCGAGCCAAUUGACUCAGAGGUCUUUGUUACCCAACUCGAGGAGUGCAAAUGUACUCUCAAUGCAAGCACAGAGGAUUGAGAAAGAGUGCAGCAUAUUAAUCGGGGAGCAUACGCUUGUACAUGAGCCGUUUCCACCUGCAGCAAGACUUUCGAUACUGGUAGUGAGCAUGUGGGCAACUGCAAGCCGCCGAGUGGGGUGUAGAGUAGACUUUGAUGAGGUCGUAAUUAAACAGGUCAGAAGUCUGCACUCCCGUGUCCAUUCCCACUUGAUGCACGAGGUGAAAGGGAGCCUGGUGGACUCUACGAUAUACGGGCUUGGAAAUCUUGUGGGGCCUGAGGCAAGGGCGGCUCAAGUCGAAUAUCUUUUGAAGAAUGAUCGUUUCUUGAGCCCCCAGCAGCAUUACGAGACCUACCGACUGCGCUUCCUUGCCCCGGAAAUUGUCGAUAUAUUGUAUUUUAAAUACUUUGAUGGCGUCAGGAUGCGAGGGGUUAGGGACCCCGAAUUCCUAGAGCGGAUAACCCCUACACCUAUUUGCUUGAUAUCGACGGCGAUCUGGCACGGCAUUCGGGUGUGGUCGACAGGGACUUAUGUUAAGCCUGAUCAUUUUCAGUCGCAGAAUGAGAGCGUUGUUAAACUCUGCGGACUCCCAAGUGCUUUGAGAGCAGUGACGGAUGCUUUCAGAGCUAUACUGAAUUGCCGAGCUGACAUCACCACUCGAGAGGCAACUUUGGAGGUAAUCAAGGAUAACCUUCGAGAAAAGAUACGAGAAAAGAAGGGUGUAACGAUUGAGGUGAUACCGGAGGAUGGGUUUAGAGCGGACGAUGAAGCUUUGGCUGCGGAUCUUGCCGACGAGGUGAUUCAUGCCCAACUUCGCGGCAUUGAUAGUGAAGAGGAGGGAGAGGAGGAAGAAGAGGAGCAAGAACUACCAGUAGCGGGGGAUUGCGAAGGGGGCGGGGAGGAAGAUGUCUAG